AAACUCUCUUAACGACAUGGAAUGUAAUAAGGAAGAAGCUAGAAGGGCAAUGAAUAUUGCUGAGAGGAAACUUUCGGAGAAUGAUUACAAUGGAGCGAAGAAAUUCAUUAACAAGGCUCAUAAUUUGUAUCCUCAUGGUUUGAAGCAAAUCUGAUGAUGAAGUAGUGUGAAGAAACAGUACAAGAAGUUAGCUCUUUUGCUUCAUCCGGACAAGACCUUGUUUAAUGGCGCGGAAGGUGCCUUUAAGCUAGUUAGAGAAGCUUGGUGUAUGUUAUCUGAUAAGGGUAAGAGAACUUCUUAUGAUCAAAGGAGGAAGUCGAAAGAAGCAAAGACCGAAAUUCAGAAAAACCAAACCCACAAAAUCCGGCUUCUUGUGGGAUGGAGAAACCACCAAACCCGUGUAAACCUGCUUCUAGUAAUGGUAAUCAAAGUGCUAGAGACGAUGUGGAUCCAAGUGUUGGGGCUGGAAGUAAUAAGCUUGCUCGUUGGAUAAUGAAACGACUAAAUUAUUUACACAAGCCAGCAUCUUCUAGUGGGAAUCAAAAUGCUAGAGACGGCGUAGAUCCAAGUGUUGGGGAUAGAAGUAAUAAGCCUUCUAGUUGGAUAAAGAAACGAUUAAAUCCGCACAAGCCAGCAUCUUCUAAUGCGAAUAAAAAUGCUAGAGACGAUACUACUUAUUAUGUGUAAUCACCAUCACUCGCUUGUUAAGGCAGUCCCUUGUCAUAUGACCUCUGCUUUGGCACUUAUAACAAAUCGUGUCGUUCGAUUUGAAAUGUGACUCGAUUGCAAAGGAUUUUUCUUUGUCUACGGUUUAUGGGGUGGUGCUUGCUAUGUUGUGGGUUGUGGCUGGCCCCACAAGUUGUUUUUAGCUCUGGUUUUAAUGGAAGUCUUCUUCUUGAUUUGUUGGUCUCGUUGA